AUGAAUUUUGUCUAUGUCCCUAGCAGUUGGGAAGGAUCGGCAUCUGAUUCAAGGGUACUUAGGGAUGCUAUUACUCAACGUAAUGGCUUGAAAAUACUUAUUGGGUGUUAUUACUUAGUAGAUGCUGGCUAUACCAAUGGGAGAGGAUUUUUAUCUCCUUAUAGAAAUGUUCGCUAUCAUGUGAAUGAGUGGGUUCAAGGUCAUCAGGCACCACAAAAUUGUCUAGAGUUAUUUAAUAAGAAGCACUCUUCAGCUAGAAAUGUGAUUGAGCGGUGUUUUGGGUUGCUUAAGAAAAGAUAUACAAUUUUACGAAGUCCCUCGUUCUAUCCUAUUAGGGUUCAGAGCCACAUUAUUAUUGCUUGUUGUUUGUUACAAAAUUUUAUUUGUAUGAACAUGGAUGUUGAUCCCGAAGAAGAUGCAACUCUUUUGCCAAAACACAUACCCGUAGGAGAUGAUACUAUAGUUGAUGAAGGUGAUACAAUUGAUUUUGUGAAAAGUAGCCAUGAGUGGACUCAAUGGCGUGAGGACCUAGCAAUCGAGAUGUGGGAAAUAUGGAGAGGAGAACGUGGCGUGUAG